GCGCACAUGGACAAACUCACAAAUACACCCUUGCUUGAGAGAGGGGCCGCAGCUCUUGCCCCUCGAGCUGCCUGUUGGGCGCUGGUGAGGCGUCGCCACCCGGCACGCGCGGGCGCAUGUGGCCGCAUCUGGUGGCAGGUAGUUAAAAGGGCGCGCAGGUGGGGGGCCCUGCGGCGCGCAGGGCUCCCCAUUCCCCCCCAUCACUCUUCCCCCUCUGUCUUUCUGCCUCCCUCCCCCUCCCACAUACGCAUCAACAAAAAUGGCCAAGUGGGGCCAAGGUGACCCUCGUUGGAUCGUCGAGGAGCGUCCGGACAGCACGAAUGUCAACAACUGGCACUGGUCCGAGACUAAUGUCUACCCCUGGGCGAGCGAGCAUCUCGGCAAGCACUUCACCCAGCUCGAGGUGCCGAGCUCGGACCCCGAGUGGACUUUCCUGAUCAAGUCCCUGGAGAAGGUCGAGGGCGAUGUGUCGCUCAUCAACCGCAAGGGGCGCAUUCGCACGAUCUUCGACCUGACCCUGAACUUCCAGUGGAAGGCCACUCUGGCAAGUGAUCCUGAGACUACGGUUUCCGGCAAUCUGAAGCUCAUGGACUUCAAUCAGGAGGAGACUGCCAGCGAUGCCGAUUUCAAUAUCACCGUGACCGGCAGCUCGCCGCACGCAACCAAGCUGCGCCAGCUGGUUCGCCGGGAUGUUCUCGGUGCCGUGGUUGGCUUCCUGAUCGGUGCCUUCAUGGAGGACCUGAAGGUCCAAUUCACCGGGAGUGUCCUGCUGCCGACCCACUCGACCUCCUCGGGGGACCUGCCGGCCGCGCCGAAGGCCGCUGCUCCCACCCCGGUUCCGGCUGCGGCCACGGCGGCCUCGACGGCCCCGGCCCCGGCUGCUGCCAAGAAGCCCGCCGCCAAGGACACUGUCUCGGUGACGGUGACCGCUGAUCUGCUGGCCCCGCCGGAGGAAAUCUUCGAUGUGUUCACUCGGGCCGAGCGCGCGCGCCCCUGGGCCCAGAACGGUGUGGUUCUGUCCCCGGUGGAGGGCGCCCCCUUCACCCUGCUGAAUGGCAGCGUUGCUGGGGAGAUGGUUUCCCUCGACCGCCCGGGGACCAUCAUUCAGAAGUGGCGUCUGAGCUCGUGGCCUGCCUCGCAGGCGGCCGACGCCAAGAUCACCCUGGUGCCUGGCGAGCGCCCUGGGUCUCCGACCAAGGUGACCGUCAAGCUGGUCGGUGUGUGCCGUGAGGACCAGGAGCGCGUGCGUGCCUGCUGGAACCAGGGCGUCUUCGAGUCCAUCCGCCGUGCCUUCGGCUGGGGCUCGGCCCAGAUCUGAGUAAAGUGACGAGAGUUCACGGGCAGACCUCCGUGCGUGGCGGCCCCGCGAGAAAAUGUCCACAUGCGUGUAUGCAUGGGUGUCUGUCUUGCCGGGUGCAGAGGCAAACCAUGUCAGCCUUGGGUGGACAAGUGGGAAAGAUGCACCCCCCUCCCCCCCCCCCUCCCGGCUGCCGUCUUCCAUCCCCUCUCCUCCCCUAUGUUCUCUGUCCCCCUUUCUCCCUUUGCAAUUAUAAAGCCGUGCAAUAUGUGCGUGUAUCGCCUUGUGGGGGGGCACAUACACAACACCGCGUGUUGCGCCCGGCCAUGCAUGUGCGCACAUGUACGCAUGCAUAUACGCACAUGCCUGGUUGUAAAAAUCCUGCCAUACUUCAAAAUAGAUGACUUCAUCACUCCCCGA